AAGGGGAAGGAAAACAGGAAGUGACGUCGUCUCUGGCAUGGUGUCCCGUGGUGCUACACAUGCCGACUGUUUUUUUUUAACUUAAACUAGUUUCGUUGUGUCUUGAUUCAAGUGAAGAAUACGUGCAUGAUUUGUGAUCUCCGAGUUCUUUUCGUGUGGCCGAUAGAUUCAUCCAUUACCUCUAAAAGGAAGAAAGGAGCACGUGAGCAAACUAGUCUUUUAAGUCCCAAGACAUCAUGGUCCGAGCAAGGAGAACGGUGCGUAAGCCAAAGUCUCAAAAGGAACAUCAGUAUGACAGCGAUGACGAUGACGCAUAUGGGGACACGGAGGUUCCGGACAAGCGCUCCGCCACGUACAUGGAGGAUAAAGUAGAUGCAUUUCACAACGCCAAGAUCUCCAAACUCCUGGCCGAUGGGGUGCAGGAGGACAGUGAGCAGGAGGAGAUUGAUGAAGAGGAGGAAGUCAUGCCUUUAGAGGUGCCGGAGUCCGAGGAGGAGGAGGAGGAGGCUGAAGAGGAAGAGGACAUGGACAGUGACCUCGAGGGGAAGAACCAUGAUGAUCUCCCCAGUGACAUGGCGUGGGGGCACAGGAAGAAGAUCUUCUAUGACACGGAUUACGUCAGCACCAAGGGCCGGUCUAAGGAGGAGGUGGAGGCAGAGGACCAGGAGGAGGAAGAGGAGGCCAAGAACAUCCAAAGACGCCUGGCAGCCAACCUCAGUGAAGAGGACUACGACCUCAACCUGCUGCAGGAGUUUGCGGUGGAGGUGCAGGAGGUGAAGCCGGUGGAGAAGGAGCAGCGCAUCGUGAAGGACCUGAAGAUGAUGUCACAGAAGGAGAAGCUUAAACUGCUGAAGAAGGAGUCGCCAGAACUGCUAGAGCUCAUCCACGACUUCAAAGCCAAGCUGACAGAGCUGAAGGAGGAGAUCCAACCUCUCGUGGAGAUGGUCAAAGAUGGCCGCAUCCACGCUGGCAAGGGUGCUGACUACCUCCUCACCAAGCAGCAGCUCUACCUGCACUACUGCACCAACAUCAGCUUCUACCUGGUGCUGAAGGCCAAGCGCGUCCCAGCACACAACCACCCAGUGAUCGAGAGGCUGGUUACCUACAGAAACCUGAUAAAUGAGCUGGUUACCGUGGAUACCAGACUCGCCCCCCAGCUGCGCCAGCUGCUCUCAGGAGCCAAGAAGCCCGCGGGCACCAAACCCGUCCACCCACACACACACACCAAGCAGUCUGAGGCGGUCGGAGCAGAUGAGGCUGAAGCGUCUGAUUCAGAUCUGGAUGAGGAAGCAGCGCUGCAGUUCUACAGAGGCCUGGAGGAGGGACUCAAACGCAAGCGCACAGCGCCCUCUGCCUGUGCGGGAGCUGCGGAGGAUGACGAGGCUGGAGAUGAAGGCAUGGAAGGAGAUGCCAAGAGACGCAUUACCUACCAGAUGGCCAAGAACAAAGGACUCACCCCCAAGAGGAAGAAGAUCGACCGCAACCCUCGUGUCAAACACCGGGAGAAGUUCAGGAAAGCUCAAGUCCGCAGAAAGGGACAGGUCCAGCAGGUGCAGAGGGAGCUAACCCGCUACAGCGGAGAAAUGUCUGGAAUCCGGGCCGGGGUCAAGAAGAGCAUCAAACUGAAGUAGCCAAUCAGAACCAGACAUUGAGACCCCUCAUCUUUUUUGUGUGUGCGCGCAUGAGAGAGUGUUUACUGCGUGUGUGCGUUUGUGUGUGUGCGUGCGCGCAUGAGAGUGUUUACUGCGUGUGUGCGUUUGUGUACCGUGUGAACUUUGACCCCACUCUGUGUCUGCUCAUCUGUGUAUUGCGGACUAAGCUGCUGUGUGAUCCGCUCUAGUCAUUUGUAUGACCAUGAACAGAAUUCCACAUAAAGACCACGUGACCACCA